AUGUCUCAGGAACCUUUUAAUACUGAUAUCGAGCACGACAGCGCUGCACUUAUGGCUCAGAACGGAGAUAAGAGUAAAGAUGGGCGGAAGAAGGUUCUUGUUGUAGGUGCUGGUGCAGCUGGCAUGUCUACAGCUUACCACUUAUCAGAGCACCCAGACAAAUUCGACGUGACUCUAAUUGAUGCAGUUGACUACUGUGGCGGUCAAGCAUUCUCCAUUCCCAUUGACAAAGAGCGACAUGGAGCUUCUUGGUGCAAUCAAGGCGUUCAAGGAGGAUCUUACAUCUUCCAUCAUACUGUCACCAUGUUCUCGCGGCAGGGCUAUCACGCAGACCCUUGCAACCUGCAUGUUUCUUUCGGCAAAGACGACACUUUCUGGAACAACGUAUUCCCAACUCAGCUUCUGGUGCGCCAUGAGAAGGAAGUUCGUCGUUUGACGACUGUUCUCAAGUUCAUGCGCUGGUUCGAGAUUUUCUUCGCCCUGCUUCCGUUGAGGCUCGUCUUCAAGCUCUUUUUAUUCUCUGAGGAAUUCACCAACACCAUUGCACUGCCCAUGACGGCUUUGUUCCUCGGAACUGGCAAUGCUACGCCCGAAGUCCCUGCAAUCAUGUUUGAGAGGCUGUGUACUUCGCCGACUUAUGGAAUGUGGUAUCCGUCCGACAGAAACACAGUCAUAAGCAACAAACCGCCGAUGAUCGUGUUCCCCAAAUUCUCAGAGUUCUACGAGACUUGGAGAAAGGAUCUUGUCACUCGCGGAGUCACCGUCCGUCUUUCUACAGAGUUGACUGAGAUUGUUCAGCGAAACAAGAAAGGCGUUGUUGUGAAGCUCAAACCGCGAACUCCGAUGCCCGAUCAUCAUAAUCCCAGUGGUGGAGAUCCCGAUGCACCCAUUGGCGAGGAGAACUACGACGAAAUUGUGCUCUGCUGUCUUGCUGACACGGCAAAGAAAGUCCUCGGCAAGACCGCGAGCUGGAAAGAGAAGAAAGUCUUGGGUUCUGCAAAAUUCAGUGACGAUAUCACGAUCACCCACAAUGAUUCUGAUUACAUGAAGAAGCAUUACGAGAAUUUCUAUCGUGAUGAUUUGGCUGUUGCUAACAUCAACGGAACUGACCAAUCGGAUCGCUUGGCUUUCGCAAAGACAGAGUAUCGACCCAUGUACUACAUCAAGAUGUACCCAGAAGACAAGUCCAAGCUUGAAAUGUGCUUUGACUGUACCAAUUACCAGAGUCAAUUCCCUGAAAAGGUUCCCUUCGAGCAACACAUCUUCCAGACAAUUUAUCUCAACAAGGAUCGAGACAGCAAGCUCUGGACUGAUCAUGAGAUUGCCGAGGAUAAGAUCAUCCGAAAGGAUUGGUGGCAUCAGCUCUGUCACAGCUACACUCACUACUUGUUUGUCAUUCCCUGGAUGAUGUUCUUGAACGCUAAAAACCACACUCGCUUUGCAGCAUCUUGGACUCUGGUCAACGCUCACGAAGUCGCUGUCAUGUCUGGGAUUGCGGCUGCGGUGGAUCUAGGCGCGAACUACCCUGAAGACUUGGAGAACGAUAACUUUGCGUUCCUGUGUUUCCGACUGUACUAUCUGAUCGCGUAUGGAAAAUGGUACAGAAGACAUUUCACGUCUAAGAAGUAUUUGAAGUCGCAGACUACGGAGAGCCAGGCUGCUGCUGAUGGGAAGAGUUGGGCUACUGGACUUUAUGGAAGUGUGUACAAGGGACCUGGUGUUUCGGAGGUUGAGAGAAGUGCUUGGAGGGAGGAUAUCAAGAAGGGAUCGAGUACUGGUAAUUUGUCUUGA